GCGGUAUGGUUUUCACCUUCAAAAAGGUUAUCGAAAAGAUCGAGAUUGGCAACUCGCUCUACGAUGAAGAAGGUGCUAAAAUCGUGGAACAAUUAGUUGAAAAGGCAAAAUCCCUGAAUGUCAAAUUGAUAUUUCCUGUGGAUUAUGUUAUUGCUGAUAAAUUUGAUGCGAACGCCAAUACUGAUUAUGCUACAGAUGAGACUGGUAUUCGACAAGGAUGGCUAGGUCUAGAUUCUGGUGAAAAAACUAAUGAAAUUUUUAAGAACGCCAUUUACGAAGCGAAGACCAUUCUAUGGAAUGGUCCUCCAGGAGUUUUUGAAUUUGAAAAAUUCUCAAAAGGAACAAAAGUAGUAUUGGAUGCAGUUAUCGAGGCUACAAAAAGAGGCGCUAAGACUAUUGUUGGAGGUGGUGAUACUGCAACGGCCGUUGCUAAGUGGGGCGCUGAAGAUAAAGUUUCACAUGUUAGUACUGGUGGCGGUGCUAGUUUGGAGUUGCUUGAAG